GGGGCGUAACAAAAGAGACUUGGAAGGGAAAUAAAUUAAUAAUACAAAGUUAAUCAAUUGAGGAAAAAUAAGGGAAUGCAGAUUUUUUGUUUCUUUUUUUUUCUCAUAUUUUUCUCUAUGUUCUUCUUCUUCUUCUUUUUCUUAUCAUUAUGCUUCAUCUUUUCUUCAUCUUCUAAUAAUAAUAUACUCCCUGGUGUUAUCUUUGGAAAUUCUAUAAACUAUCGUUUUAAAAUUUUCUCCUAUUGUUAUUAAAAUGAAUAGUAAAAUUUCUUAUACGCUAUUUCUAAUCUAUUCAGUCUAUUCCUUCUCCUUCUUUCUCGAUCCCAAUGCGGUCUAGAUUAGGCCUAUUGAUCGCCUAGACGGUUUGCAGUUGUUGCUGUUGUAUAGACCGCAAAGCUUAAUGCGAACGGUCUAGGGGAAGUAGGUCACGAGACUUAACGACGCUGCCCCCUUUAUUCUUGUUUUUAUGAUUAAAUAAUUGAUUGCUUUUGUUUUCACGUUACAGCUGUUUCGGAAAGGUCGAAUUCGUGUAUCUGGAAUAGAUUUUGCGGUUGAUAGAAAAAAACUGUAAUAAUUUUUGCAGCUAUGGAGCUGGUGAAUCUUGGUAUAAUCUUUGCAACCUUAUCAAUAAGUACCAAUUGUUUAAAGACCUGGAAUCUAAAUUGGAAGAAUACAGCACCAAUUUGCAACCUAAAUAUAAAUAGGACGGAAUUAGACGAACAACUUGAUGGUAUAGCCUAUAAUAAAACAUGGGAUUUUGAGACAAUUAAUGAAGGAAUAGUAGAACCUGACAAUUCAUAUAGCUUUUCUGGUCAUGAACCAACAGUAACCGAACAAGAGAUACAAAAUACUCCAGAUGGAGAAUUUAGUUCAAACUGCAAUGGUACAAUUUUAAAUGAAACUCAGUUCAGUAUAUAUACAAGAGAAUUUUGGAUUCGUGAGUUAGAUAAAGUUUCACGACCACCGGAUAUCCUUGAAUUUAGGGUUUUACCUGAAGAUAGAGUUAGGGUUGAUGGUAAUGUUGUUCUUGCUAAUAAAGCAGCAAAGAUAACUUUUUCGUAUAACGUCGUUGGAAAACCAACUCCACACGUUGUUUUAAUGGAAGAUUUUAAUGAAAUGGGACCUACGGGUGAUUAUAAACGGAAUAUGGACGCUCAACAAUUUGAAUUAAGAAAACCCUUAAAAACUUUUAAUAAAUAUAGGAUUAAAGCAUUUAAUAGAUUUGGAGUAGCUUAUUCAAAGUUUAUUGAAGUUCACGGUGUAGAAGAUCGGGACCCAACCCAAGUUAAAAGAACUCUAAACUUACACGAUUCUGUUAAAUUGCCAUGUGGAAUGAAAUACAUACCACCCAUGGCAAAGGUUGGCUUUAAGAAAACGUCGGGAAGCAAUCCUUUCGAGUCUAGUCAAUGGUUUGCCUUUGUCGAUACGGACAUCUUCUUGAUUCGAGUCAAUUAUUCACUUCAAAGUAGUUUCGUAUGCUUCACAGAAGUACCACCAUGUUGCGGAAAUACCAGAGCGAAGCAUUCUCAAUACAUUUUUAAAAUUCAAAAUAGUACAAUUAGUAACAAUAAUCUCUGGAAGAUAAAACGUUUGCAUCCCGAAUCUACUGGAGAAUCCACCUCUGUAAAAGCUGCUUUGGGUGAAAAACUCAAGUUUGCCUGUGUCUACGGUUAUCCAGCCCGUCUGGAUUUAUAUUGGACAACACCAAGAGACUUAGACAACCUAACGCUUGUUUCGAGACAGCUAAACAAUAGAUUUAUAGUUAUAGAUAAAGUUGAGCAAAAACACGCCGGAAGGUAUACGUGCUACGCCGAAGCUGAUGGCCAAAAAGCUUACCAUCACUACAAUAUAGAGCUCUUCGAAAGGCCCUAUUGGCGAUCGCCUUUGGAAAAUCAUACCGUCGACGAUGAAGCAACAGAUGUUGUCUUCAACUGUAACGUUGGAGGUAAACCAAAAGUGAAAAUAGAAUGGUAUAUUAACGGAACCGUUGCCAAGCAUCAUGUAUUGUAUAAUCAACAAUUGGUUAAGAUUGAUGGUUCAAAAUUAACUUUUACUAAAGUUUCCGAAAAAACCCGUCUAAUGGUUCAAUGUAACGCUUCUAAUGAAUAUGGUUAUAUUUAUACAAAUGGCUAUCUUAGAGUUUUACAAUUGCAUCCCAUCAAAUGGGCAACAAAUCUACCGCAAAUAGCUAGAGCCGUUGAAAAGCAAACUUUUAUUUGCGGUUCAAACGUCUUCGGUUCACCUAUGCCAAAUGUUACAUUUUAUAAAUAUCCAGAUGGAGAAAAAUUCGAUCCUAAAGCCAGAGAAGAUAAAUACAUCAUUGGCACUCAAAAUCAAAUUGGAUGCAAACUUCAUAAUAAGAAAUAUUGGUCUUGUAUUUUUAAUCAACCGAAUUAUAAUUAUUCAAUGGCUGUUCAAGAUUUGGAAAUUGCUGACGCUGGAAUUUAUAUCUCAUUUUUCGAUAACAAAUACGGAAAUAGUCACGAUAUGAAAACCUUACGAGUCUUUAAUAAAACAUCCAUUUCGUUGACAAACUUGACAACUUCCAAAAUUAUUCCUAAACAAUUUAUUACAUACGAAGACGACUCUUUAGAAGUUAAAUGUUCGGCUACAAUCGAUAAACGUAUAAAAUCCGAAUUAGAGGUCACGUGGUAUGUUGAAAGAGAUGAUGGGAGUGGCGAAAUAAAGAAGGAGCUUGCAUCAUCAACUCCUGGUGUUAUUGUAGACACUAAAAACAAAGAUAUACGAGUGCUCAAGUUUCCUAAAAUUCAGACAACUAUGUCAGGAGUAUACACAUGCGAAGGGAAAACAGAGCUAGACAGCGAAAGCAAGUCUUUUAAAAUAAUUGUUCACGGUAGACCUGAUGCGCCAAAGGAGAUUUCUGAACCCGAAUGCCUCGAUGGCCGUAAACCGAGCAUCUAUUUGAGAGAGGGUAAUGAAAAUGGAGAUCCCAUCAAGGGAUACGAAGUAGAAAUGUUUUUGACGGCCAAAUGCUGUAGUCACUAUAAAAGAACUUCCAAAGUUAACAUAACCAGUACACAGAUAAAGCCAAUCGGAAUAGAUACAGUUCUAGACGCUUCUUUUAAAUACGAAUGGGAUAUCAGAGCCAUAAAUAAAUAUGGCAAAUCGGAACCUGUUCGUGUAACUUGCCAGACGAUUGACGAUGUGCCAGAGGCGAGUCCAACGAACGUGUGUGCCGUAAAUAGUCCAGCAAACACAAUAAACAUAACCUGGACACCAAUAAAAAUCGAUGAAACGAACGGACACGAUUUCGCUUAUCACAUACAACUAUCAGAUUCGGAAGAUAAUCUACCUCCUGCGGCAAGCGUUGCAAACUUUGCAGAGAAGAGUCGUGUCUUUAAAAAAGUUAAGCCUUUCCAUAAGUACAUCGCUAAAGUUACUUCGAAGAAUAAUAUCGGCUCUCAUAUUCACUCCUUGGAGUAUGCCGUUCGUAGUGGAGAAGGUGUGCCUCCAAAUGAUAUUAGCGUUUCUGGCGUCAAAUUACUUGAUAAGGAAUCAAUCGACAAUAUUAAAAUCUCUUUUGAUGCAAUAGCCAAUACAUUGGAAGAAGCCGAUAAGUUGAUGAAUGGCUACCUUAACGAUUAUCUUGUCGUAGUAAAAUACAAGAAUAAAGAUUUGAAAGAGCAGCAUUUUAUCAUUUCGAAAGGAAGAAAAUAUGAAUUUUGUAAAUUCUCUUCGCGAAAAAGAGCUAGACGAUCUUCGAAACGAGAGACGGACCUUUUAAGGGAUUUACAGCCAUUCGAAGAGGCCACUAUUCAAGUUUAUGCAAGGAAUCUUAGGGGAGAUAGAGGUAAAGGAAGCGAUCCAAUAUCAUUUAGAACUCCUAUGGGACCGCCUUUUGGUGGGAAAGAGUUGGAAGCCGAUUGCAAAGCUGGCUUUUUUCAUACUGAAUGCAACGUAGAAGACCCGAAAGAUGCCAAACGAGGUGGCGAAGGCGGAAAGACAAAAGUUUGUAUAAGAGUUGAAGGGCAAUCUGGUUGUGUUUGCGAAAAGGAAAUCGAGCCUGAUGAUAAGAAUUUUGUCUGUUCCGAUAAUGUUAAAAACUGUACAGAUUAUACAAUAGAAUUGACACCUUUCAACGUUGAUGGUAAUUUAAAGAUUGAGGGUGCAACAACAGUUAAAAAGGCCAAAACGUCUUGUGGUUCUAUUAUCUUGAAAAAGCCUAAAGCAGACUAUCAAGAGGAAGAUGCUACAUCUGUAAAGGUCAACUGGAAAUUUGACGAUAGCGCUAAGGGCGUUGAACCAACUCAUUUUAGGGUUGAAUUUUACAAUGAACUACAUACGAAUAGCUCCACUCCAGAGUUAAAUAAAACCGAACUAAUUGGGUUUGAGGAUCAUCUCAUUAUAAGAAACCUGGAAGAAGAUGAACCUUAUAUUGGAUAUAUAAUUGGUAUGCUCGGACCAACAACCAACGGAGCUAUAGACGAAAGUACAUCGCAAAGGAUCAAAUCAGAUCAUUUCAAAUUCCAUACAGGAACUCGCAGUAAGUACAAACUAUGUAAAAAAUUAACGAAAUAAUGUAGAAAACAGCCGACAGACGGCAUCAUCAUAAGUUAAAUUUUCUAGAUAGGUUUUUCAUACUAAUACAAACGAACAAAAAAGCAAAAACAAAAACAAAAACAAAAACAAACAAACUAAUCACUAGAUGGCGCUGGAGAGUAAUACAGAAUAUUGCGUUUUUGUUAUUAUUUUUGCUUGUUUGUUUAGUUUUUAUCUAGUAUGAAAUUUUUAUUUGAAAUAUCUUGCAUUAUUCUUUACUUUCAGCCCAAUUUUUUCCUCUAGCUUUCAUUCUAUCUAGUUCCGUUCUUAGUUUAUUUAACCCCCUUUCUUUUUGAUGUUGUGUUGUGUUAGGAACCACCCAAAAAACAACAGUAAUACUAACUACAGAAGAAAUCGGUAUGGUUAAUAUAAAACGAUGUAUUUCUACAUAAAAAAACAGAUUGAUAACAAUAUCUAAUACUUUUAUAAUUUUUUGCAUAAUAUGCCUAGUUAAUUACCUAAUUUACAUAUGAAUUUUUUCUUUUCAUUCUCUCUUUACUUUUUUCUUUAUAAUUCGGAAAAAAGUAUAACUAAUUUAAUUAACUAGCUAAAACUAAUUAAUUAAGAUAUAUUCAUCUUGAAUAUAUUCAUUCAUUGUAUAUCUCAACCAUGAUUUGCAUCACGUCAUCAAGAAUCUAUCACCUUCAUAUACAAGCACAAAAAGUAUCAUUAUCCAUUUUAUUUUAACAAAAACGGUCUUUAUUGGGUCUCUUCAUUUCAAAUCUCUUUUUGGUUCUUUAGCUACGGAUAGAUAGCUUUCUUUAUUGUAUUAACUAAAUAUGCGUUACUACAUUACGUUAAAUUAAUGAAUAAUUAUGCUUAAUUAUGCUAUUUUCAUUUCAUUAGUCUAAUUAAUUAGUAUGGAUAAUUUAGUAUCUUUUUUUUUUCUACUUUAUUACAAAAGAAAUCUCUCAAAUUUCUACAAAAAAAAAACUAAAAUACGGAUGAAGGCCUAGGAUUGGUUUUAUUUUUUUUGUAAUUUUUUCAAUAAAAAGCUUUCUCUUCUAAUGAUAAUUAUAUAUUCAAAACUUAUGAUAUAAUCUAUUUGAUAUUGAUUUAUAAAUAUUUUUAUGUUUUUAAAUGAAAAAUAUCUUCAUAAACUGGUAUAUAUUUUUUUAGAGAUAGCACCAACAGUUCAUCCUGCUAAGGAAGGUAAAAUAUAUUAUUUAAAUUAGCUAAAUGGAAUAAAAAUUUCCAGUUUUGUUUUAGGCCUACAAUAGGAAAUUAUUAGAAUAAUUAAUUAGUCAAUGUACUACUCUCGCUUGUCCUUUUUAUAACUGAAUAAUAUCUAUUCUAAAAGCAUUUAUAUAUCCUUUAUUAAAUCUAAUCUAUAUUUAUAUAUUAAAAACGCGUGGAGAGUAGCCUCGAAGAGAUUUAAGAACAAUAUAAUAAGAUCCAUAUAAGGGUAUAUAAUAAAAUAUUUCUCAGCAAAAUUAACCUCAUUUUUCAAUCAUCAUUAUCGUUUCAAUAAGCUUAGGAGACUAGAAAGUUGUACUAAAUCAUUCAUUCUCUUCUUCUCUUACUCUUGUAUAUGUUUUUUUGUUUCUUUUCUUUUUGCAUUAUCCUAUUUCUUUUAGAGAAUAUAACGCUACCAACUGAAGGUACAGGUAACUACAGGUUUUUUUUUCUCAUGUCAAUUGAGGAGUUUUGACACAAAUGUGAGAAAAGUACUAAUAAGGAUUAUCAUUAUUUCCUUAUUUUCCUUUCCUCUUUCCUACUCCUCUUCCUCCUCUUCUUAUUGCCCUCGUGUAUUAUAACUUAUCUAAAAUGACCGCUGGUGUAAAUUUUCUGAUAAAAACUCCUCUUCGAUGCAAAUGAUGUUAUAUUAAAAACUAAAGCAUGCGAUAAUAUUUAUCAAUACACUAUAAUACACUAUAUACUUUAUAGUGUAUACAGAUUGGUUUUUCAAGUAUUAUUACGAAUAUUUAUAUCACUGCUUGUUAAUAAUACAGAUGAUUAUACUGUACAAAUACUGUAUAUAUAUAUAUAUACAGU